AUGAAUCGCGGAAAGACCUCCGUUCCAACGUACUCCAAGAAUUCCCCUGCACUGAGAGAAUACAAGGACCUAGUGAGGAAGAUCAGGGAGGACCAGAAAACUAACACUGAAUUCAGAACAGAGGAGGAGGAUACUGGUAGUGAGACCACAGUUAUAAACCAGGGAGCUGACCUGAAUGAUUUCAGUGAUGAGAAUAACACAUUUGAAGACAUUGAACUCAUAGAUGUGAGGGUAGCUAGAGAUGACAUCCCAGGUCUUACCCCUCUGGAAAAUAGAGAGCUUCGAGGAGUGCUUGACCCCACAGACACAAUGGACCUGGAAUCAAGAGUGGGUGACGACGGUGCGCUCCAGAAACAAUUAGAAUACUUUCAGGACACGAUUAAUAAAACAAUGGAGUUGAGGGACGAAACGGACGACAUAGAGGAGUUCAUCAAUUUGGAAGAAAGAAUAGUAGCUCUUAGGGAAGCAAGGACAGUAAUGCAGAAAGAAUUAGAGGAAGGUAGACAAGCUCAAGUUGAAGACAUUUCCAGAUUCCGCAAAUUCGUGAAAUGGUUAGGGGAGGAGGUGGGACUCACAGGUGUUGCAGUAUCAACGGCCGGUCUAAUUACAACUCUACUGAUGCAUGCUAGGGGAGCAGUCAUAGGAACAGCAAAGGCAACAGGUAAAGUAGCAAAAGCAUUAGCCAAGCUAGCUAAGAAGGCAGGUCCCAUUCUUGUGCCUGUCCUUGGGGUGCAAAGGGAAUUGCAUGGCUAG